AUGACUUCCAAUGUAUCAUAUGCUGCUUUAGCAAAGUCGUUGUCCGAUGGUAAGACCACCAAGGAAACGCCAGUUGAAACACACUCAUCAACUGCCAAGCCUACUGAAACAAAGGUGUCCAAGGAGAUUAAGGAAUCCGAAGAGUCCAAAGAGUCCAAGGAAUCCAAGGAGAACAAAGAAAACAAGGAAAACAAGGCAAUUAAGCCUGAAUCGUCUACUCCUCCUGCCUCGACUGAAUCAGUUCCUUCAUCAGCCAACACCACUACUGCCAACUCCAGUGCCACCACCAACUCACCAAAGACUUCACCAGCCAAAGUUUCUUUGGCUCCAGCACCAGUUCCAGCUACAUCAGUAUGGGGCUCGAUAUCCAACGAUGUUGAGGCGUUGAAAAUAAAUGACUCUAGUUCUGAUAACAAGCGUACUCCAGUAUUGGGCCAGCAAACGCCGUCGAUAAAGCAACAACAGCCAAAGAAGUUUAUCAAGCCUAUUACCACCAAAUGGGUUCCUUUAGAUGUCAAUGUGACCUUGCAAUCGAGAUCAAGCGGUAGUUCAAAGCCAAGAAGUAAGAGGAGACAGAACAACCCAAGCAGUGCCAAUCGUGGGAACGCAAGUGGAGCUUCUGGUAGAGAUGACAGAUCAAAGUCCGGGUUUAAAAAGAGGGAAGGAUCGAGAGACGAGUCAGCUGAAAAGACCGAUGUUGAAUCUGGAGCUGGAUCAAAAGAUGAGAGUCAGGUUUCUGACAAGCCAGUUAAAGGUGAUAACGAGCUGACAGAUCCUAAUUCUGAAUCCGAACAUGUUAAACAAGAACAAGAGCAAAACUCAACAGAAGGUGAGGUAACUCAACCAAGCGAGGAAACCCCAGUAGACGAACAACAACAACAGCAACAGCAACAACAACAGCAACAACAACAGCAGUCAGCCAACCAAUACCAACAGUUUCCACAACAAUCUCAACAGAAACCAUACAACAGACGUUUUAACCCAAACUACAACAACAAUAAUGGUUCGUCAAAUGGAUACUCCAAGAGAUACAACAACAAUAACAACAACAACAACAACAACACCAACAAUAACCAGCACUACAACAACUACAACCAACAACCAUACCAACCACGUCCUUACAAAUCACACUACAAGAACAAUAACCGCAACUACAACCAUAAUCAAUCGCCCAACCCUAACGCUAAUGGCCCAUAUAGUCCUUCACAGUUUAACAACUUUGCUCCUAUGUAUUACAUGCCAAUGCAGCCACCAGCUUUUAUUCCUCAACAUCCACUCAUGCCUAAUGGCGUUCCUGCAGUCCCUGGAGCACCUGGCGUUUUGCCAACCCCAGUUCCUCCAUCAUCGUCAGCAACAGCUCCACCACCACCAAUCUCACCACAACAGAACCCAUCAGAGGCAUUACGAUAUCAAUUGGAGUAUUACUUCAGUGAUGAGAACUUGGUCAAGGAUUUCUUUUUGAGACAAAAUAUGGAUUUAGAAGGAUGGGUGCCUUUGGAUUUGAUCUUGAGUUUUAAACGUGUCAAAAUUAUUACCAAUCAAGGAGGUAUUGAUGUAAAGGAAGUUUUGGGUCAAUGUGGUAAUAUUGAAGUUAGUGAAGAUGGACAUAAAGUGAGAGCUCGUAGAUAA